AUGCACACAAUACUCAUGGUCCUCCUCCGCCUCCUCGCCUUCUACCUCGGCCUCACAACCACCUUCUUCACCCUCUCCUACUUCUCCGUCCCCACAGCAUCCUUCUACGCUCGCCUCCUCGCCUCCUACGGCUGCUUACUCCUCUGCGCUACCUACGGCGUCUUCGCCUCCGUCGCCCUGCGUCUAUUCGGCAAGCACCGAAUCAGCCAAUGGACCGUCGCGCGCGCGUUCAGCUACACCAUGGCGCUGACCACGGGCAUCCAUUUCGAAAUCGUCUCCGGGGCGGAGUACCUGAACACGAGACCGUGCGUGCUGAUCGGGAACCACCAGUCCGAACUCGACGUCCUCCUCCUCGGCGCCAUCUUUCCCCCAUACUGCAGCGUGACGGCCAAGCGCUCCCUCCGCCUCGUGCCCUUGCUCGGCUGGUUCAUGGCGCUCUCCGGCACCGUGUUCAUCGAUCGCUCCAACUCCGCCUCCGCGCACGCGGCGUUCGAUAAAGCGGCCGCGGAGAUGCGGAAGGAGAGGCAGAGCGUUUUCAUCUUCCCGGAGGGCACGAGGAGUUAUGCCGAGGGGCCGGAGAUGGGGGCGUUCAAGAAGGGCGCGUUUCAUUUGGCGGUGAAAGCCGGGGUGGAUAUCGUACCGGUUGUGGCGGGGAAUUAUUGGGGCGUGCUGAGUGUGAAGGAGCAGAGAUUUAGGAGUGGGAGAAUACCGGUCAAGGUACUACCGCCGAUACCAACAGCCCACCUCACAGCGGCCGAUGUUGAAGAAUUGACACGGACGACGCGGGAGAAAAUGCUGAAAGAGCUCGUGGCGUUGACCGAGAGUCCGAUGGGCCAGAAAGCUACAAAGGCUCAUGUCGAAGCGGGAGAGGAAGAUCUCGCAAGACUGGCGACACCAACUGCGAUGGCUAGUGGUCUUGAGCGGUAG